AUGACGGGAUAUUUGAGAAGAAAACAAAUGGCUGAUGAGCUCCCCCCAGAACAAAUUGCCGUCCUCCGCAAGGCGUUCGAUGGCUUCGACCACAACCGCUCGGGCAGCAUCCCCUGUGACUUCGUCGCGGACAUCCUUCGGAUGAUGGGGCAGCCCUUCAACAAGAAAAUCCUUGAAGAGCUCAUUGAGGAAGUCGAUGCUGACAAGUCCGGCCGUCUUGAGUUCGGAGAGUUCGUUACGCUGGCAGCCAAGUUCAUCGUUGAGGAGGACGCGGAAGCUAUGCAGAAGGAACUCCGGGAAGCGUUCAGAUUAUACGACAAGGAAGGCAACGGUUACAUUCCCACGUCAAGCUUGCGCGAAAUCCUUCGCGAGUUGGACGAGCAGCUCACAGACGAAGAACUGGACGGCCUCAUCCAGGAGAUCGAUACCGACGGCAGCGGCACCGUGGACUUCGAUGAGUUCAUGGAGAUGAUGACAGGAGAAUAA